AUGAAAGGUGCCUUUACUUUCCUCCUCACUAGAAAUCUUUCCAUGAAGCCCAAGGCUCAGAAAAACUUGAGUGAGCCUGUAGAACCAGUGGAGCUUAGUCCAGCUGUUCUGGGGGUGAGAAUAUUGCCCUUGUCCAUCGCUGCAGUGAGGGGGCUGGUGGGCCCUCUGAGCAACCUCAUCCACGCACACGUGGGGGGGUGGUCAGAACCAAGACGAUCACAGCCUCCCAGUUCUGGGGCUCUCCAGACCCCAGAGGACAUAGUUCAUGUUUCUGUGCCGCGAAGGGGUGUCGUGCAGCCCGGUUGGCCUUUCGGGAAGCUCACUGUGGCGGCCGCGGGGAAGCUCACGGCGGCGGCCCUCUGGCUAACCUUAGCGGUCGUUGAGCUCGCAGCCCUCAGCAGCCGUGGGGCCUCCGGCAGGCAGGCCUGGCGAAAAGGUGACUGUUCGGGGCGUUUGUCGUCCACUGGCUGCCCAUGCGGCAGAAUGUCGCUGACACCCAGUGGGGGCCAGGAGGCGGCAGCACGUGUGCAGAAUGCAGCCGCUCUACCCUGGAAUAUCUCAGCACGGGGAGAACUCACCUACCCAAACCUGGCGGCCCCCAGAUCCCUUCUCCUAGCAAGAAUAGAUUCUGUAGCACAACUUUUCAUCAGCUACGGCAUCUACUGUGUGCCAGAAUGGAGAGGAUUGAGGGUACAGAGCCUGCCUACGUCAUCCCCCUUGCCCGUUUCUCUUCCGGCAACCACUCUCCCUUCCACGGCCAUCUGGACAAGCUCUCCACAGAGCCCUCCUGCCUCCCUGACCAGUGGCACUCCCAGCAACUCGGUCUUCCCAGCCACAGCCUCGGCGCCAGCACCUCUGCUCCCCAGGAACAUUUCCACAGAGCCCAGAGAAGAGGAGACGACGAGCAGCCCGGCCUCUCCCCGGGAAGGCACGAACACAGACCCCUCACCAGCCGGCGGUGGGGUGCACGUAACAGCCACACCCUCAGAACACAACUCAAGCACUCCCGAGGAGGCAAGCGCGCCCCCCACAGGGUCCCAGCCCCCCUCGGCGGCCCCCACUGAGUCUCCCACCCUCACCUCCCCUCAGGCUCCAGCCUCAUCACCCCCACGCCUAUCAACCUCACCCCCGGAGGUUUCUUCUGCCUCCUCCGCCAGCACCAGUCACAGCUCUGCUGAGACCAGCACCAAGCCCACAGGAGCCCCAACCCCACCCGAGUCCCCAGCAGAAGAGCACAGUUCUGCCCACACACCCACUUCCCAUGUCACAGCCCAGCCGCUGCCCACGGAGACAACACCCCAAGCCACAGUGCCGGCCAAAGUGACCUGUGUGAUGAUGGACAUGGAGACCACUGCCUCCCCUGGGGUGAGCAUGCAGGAAGUGGAGCAUGCGCUAAGUUCAGGGAGCAUCGCCGCCAUUACAGUGACGGUCAUUGCCGUGGUGUUGUUGGUGUUUGGAGUCGCAGCGUAUCUGAAGAUCAGGCAUUCCUCCUACGGACGGCUUUUGGAUGAUCAUGACUAUGGAUCCUGGGGAAACUACAACAAUCCUCUGUACGACGACUCCUAA